GUUGUGGGGUGUUUAGUUUUGUUGUUUUGUUGGUUGCCGUGAUUCCAUCACUCUUUUAUAUAUAUAUAUAUAUAGAUAGAUUUUGCAUCAAUCAGGGACUGUCAGCAAUGUGUGAUUAUUUGUGUGUGCAUAAUUUUCUAAAACGAACAGCUUCACAUUUUUACCUGUGACCACGUGUUAUGAUUCUUCUAGGUAGGUUAGAUGAGGGCAUUUCUUGAACCAGGCAUGCAGUGCUCUGUUAGUCAAGCUGUACUUUGGACAGAGCAUGUUUAUUUGCUCUCCAGUAGAUGGAGUAUAAUUUGAUGUUGUGAUCAAAUUAGAAUAAGGAAGUGUGAUCCAUGACAGGAUUUUGCUUUCACAAGAGAAUUACAUUUUUUAAACACUCUGCCUGCCAAGGAAUACAAAGUCAACUAACGUGAAACUUUUAAAUCUCAAAAUUGCCUGGUAUGAGCUCAGCCUCUCUCUCUGCUGCAUCAUAAUUAAGCAGAUAAAACAGGAACAAUGUCUGUGAAAUGGAUGCUGGUGUUUCCUAUUGCAACGGCAUGCUUCGUGGGCUCAUCUUCUGCUGGGAAGGUCCUUGUCUGGCCAGUUGACAACAGUCAUUGGAUCAACAUGAAAUUUAUUUUGAAUGAACUCACAGACAGAGGCCACCAAGUGACAGUUCUACUACCUUCCUUCUUCAUGGCAGUUAAGGCAAGCGAGCCUUCCCCCUUUCAGCUGGAAGAGAUCCCUUUUUUAUUCUCAAGGGAAGACAUGGAUACUAUGCUUCAGGACUUCCUCUUUAUGUGGUCUUAUGAGUCCAAUGAACUUUCUUUCUGGCAGUUUUUCAUCAAGACACAUGACUUUUCAAGGGAGAUGGAGCGCAGGAACAGAAUUCUCUGCGAUAGGGUUGUCUUGAACCAGACAUUGAUGGAAAGGUUAGAGUCUGUUGGUUUUGACAUCCUCAUUGCAGACCCACUCUUGCCUUGUGGAGAGCUAGUGGCUGAGAAGCUUCACCUUCCGUUUGUGUACACUUUUCGAUUCUCAGUUGGAAAUACAAUGGAGCGUGUUUGCGGUGUCAUCCCAGCUCCUCCAUCAUUUGUACCUGCCAGUCUUGGAGGUCUAACCGAUAGGAUGUCCUUCAUGCAGAGAACAAGAAACAUGCUCUUUUAUGCCUUACAUGACAUUUUGUUUCAUCAAGUUCUCUGGAAAGACUGGAGUAAAUACUAUAGUGAUGUUCUAGGAGGGAGUCAUUGGAUGCACAUGAAAUCUGUAAUUCACGAGCUCACAGCCAGGGGCCAUCGAGUGACAGUUGUAAUGGCUUCAUCCUACCAGGCAGCUGAAUCAAGUGAAUCUUCCAACUUCCACGUCGAAGUGAUCCCUGUACCAUUCACAAGGAAGGAAAUGGAAAUGUUAACACAGGAUGCCCUCUAUUUAUGGUCUUAUGAGACACAUAAAAUACCUUUCUGGGACUCUUUCAUCAAGAUUUAUAGCCACUUAAUGAAAAUGCAAUCCAAAUACAAGAGUUUCUGUGACAAUGUUUUUUGGAACGAGAAGCUGCUACAAAAAUUGGAGUCUGCUGCUUUUGAUGUCCUUAUUUCGGAUGGAGUCAUGCCUGGUGGUGAACUCCUUGCUGAGAAACUUCGUGUUCCAUUUCUGUAUUCCUUACGGCUAACUCCAGGAAACACGAUGGAACGUAUUUGUGGCCAUGUCCCAGCUCCAUCAUCAUAUGUGCCUACCGGUCUAGUAGGGCUAACAGACCGGAUGUCUUUCAUGGAGAGAACGGCAAACAUGCUCACUUAUCUUUCACUGGACAUCAUGUUCCAUCAUUUUUUCAACAAAGAUUGGGAUCAAUAUUUUAGUGAUGUUCUAGGGAAACCUACAACAUUGUGUGAAAUAAUGGGCAAAGCAGAAAUAUGGCUGAUCCGAACCUACUGGGAUUUUGAAUUUCCACGGCCAUUACUACCAAAUUUUGAAUAUGUAGGAGGGUUGCAUUGCCAGCCAGCAAAGCCUUUGCCUAAGGAAAUGGAAGAAUUUGUCCAAAGUUCCGGAGAACAUGGCAUUGUAGUAUUUUCUCUCGGGACAAUGAUUCAAAACCUAACAGAUGAAAAGGGUAACUUGGUUGCCCUGGCAUUCAGCCGGCUUCCACAGAAGGUUGUUUGGCGAUACAAAGGGAAAAGGCCAGAAACACUAGGAACCAAUACCAGAAUUUAUGACUGGAUCCCACAAAAUGAUCUUCUUGGACAUCCCAAGACAAAAGCCUUUAUCACUCAUGGUGGAACAAAUGGGAUCUAUGAAGCCAUUUACCAUGGGAUUCCCAUGAUAGGGAUCCCCAUGUUUGGAGACCAGUCUGAUAACAUUGCUCACGUAUGUGCAAAGGGAAUGGCUAUAGAGCUGAAUAUUAACACGAUGACAGCACAAGAUUUAGUGGACGCCGUUAAUACCAUUAUUCACAACACAACAUAUAAGGAAAAUGCAGUACGACUGUCGCAGAUUCACCACGAUCAACCCAUGAAGCCUCUAGACCGGGCUGUCUUCUGGAUUGAAUUUGUUAUGCGCCACAAAGGUGCCAAGCAUUUGAGAGUAGCUGCCCAUGACUUGACCUGGUACCAGUAUCACUGCCUUGACGUCAUUGCCUUUUUGAUCAGUUGUGUGGCACUUUUCAUGUUCAUCAUGGUAAAAUGCUGCUCGUUUUGCUGUCGGAAAUGUGGCAUCACACGGAAAACAAAAAUUGAAUAGUUUCUGCUCAGCACACAGCCAUUGUGUGACUUACAUCAUUCAACAUGCUCAGACUGUAUAUGUUAAACCCUAUCGUCAUUUACCAUAAUGUUCAGCUUAAUUCAUGAAGAAGCACAUCUAUCUUUGCUUGGCUCCAUUAAAAUGACAGCAUAAAUUUGUAGGUAUGAAUUAUGAUAUGUAUAUAAAACUUUUAGGUUUAUUUUUAAUGAAGGCAGUUACACAGUCUGAGAUUGCUGUUGUAAUGUAGCAAGCAACAACUAUCUGAAGGGGUCAGAGUCUGUCCAUUUCAUAAAAUCAAAGAGUAUAUAUAAUGUUUGAAAAAUUCUUGCUAGAGUAGGAGCUUUGUUCAAGCGGUAGAAUGUUUUUGAAAUACAGAGGACAGACGUGUUUACCUUUUACAUAUAUAAUGAAUGCAUGGUUGAGAUAAUGCUGUACCUGCAGAGAUACCGUUAUUCUAGUAACUUGGAUCAAAGCUGUAGUGAUUUCAUAGGGAUAUCUUGUCUAAAGGGCUCCUACUAAUUCAGAGAUUAUUCAGAAAAACAAAAUCUGAAGUGAAUUUUUUAAAAACCCUAAAAUGUCCAACAGCCAGGAGUUUCUAAACAUACACAUGCACAAACAAAAAUGUACAUAUGCAUAUGUCAUUCUGCCCAUCUAUCUAUCUCAUUUAUUUGCAUACGAUGAAUGGUCUUAAUAACCCCUUUUAAUUAGUGAACUCAGGGAGAAGAACAAAAUAUAUCCAAUAGUAGUGUCUCCAAGUUUUGGAAUUUUCUGCCACAGGAGACAUUCCUAGGAGGCACUCUGCCUUUUUUUUUUUUUUUUUGAUAGCAGGGAGAGACUUUAUAUUAUCACACAACUUUAAGAAGCAAGGAACUAGUAGUUGGUAACUUUUACUGUGAUUUUAUUACACAUCUGGUAGAAUCUCAACAUCUGAAUCACUGACAUUUACCAAAAGUAAAUUUAAAUAUUAUGCUAUCUGAUCUCUGGUAUGAGAAGAAUGAGAAGAAGACAUUUAUUAUAUUGCAUUUGCUGCUAGUAGUGUUUUGCGUGGUAAACUAGCUGGACGCUUUAUAUAGAAUAUAAUUCGGGUUUUAUAAAUAAAAUAGAAAUUUGUUAAAAAGUACUACUUGCUUUUGUUUUUUAAAAUCCAAUUUUCCUUAGAUUAUCCUUGAUGAAUGCAGGGGGGAUGUUUCCAAGGAGGAGGCCAGUUUAGAGCUACACAAUCUGGUUCAGCAACAGGGUCAGUUUUCAGGAGAUCUGCAGAACACCUUUCAGGAAUGGGACCUUGACAAUCCUCAAAGGAGAUGGGUGUUGGUUGUUGGCGACUCCCUCCUGAGAGGAACAGAAACAGUGAUGUGCAAACCUGAUAGGAUGUCUGGAGAAUUAUGCUGCCUUCCUGCGCAAAAAUCCACCACAUAACAGUGGCUGACAAGACUCAUUAAGCCCACUGAACUUUCUCCUUUCAUGUUGAUUCAUGUAGGAGCCAAUGAUGCUGCAAAGCAUAGUAUUCAAAAGAUCAGAAAGGAUUUUGAAGCUCUUGGAAGAAAGCUAAAAGAUCUUAAUGUACAGGAAGAAAAAUAGUAGAGGUGAAUAACUGGACCACGACCAACCAUAUCAUGGUGGCCAGAUUCUAUUAACCAAUAAACUGGCAGUCAAAUUUUUAGAUUCUAAUUUAAAUAGCGGUAGGUGGUGUUCCAUGAGCACAAUUAAAAAGUCUUUGUGUCAAAAUUUAAGGAUGCACCCAAAGCCAUUGAAUGGCCUUGCAGAGACCAUUAUGAUCAUGUGCGACGCCUCUUUAUUACCUUUGAGGAUGACUCAAUACCAAGUAUAUUGUCCUCUCAAAAAUUGUGGCUUUGUCGCUACGGGAUUCACAUAAGAAGGAUCUUUUUAAAUACGCUUAUCCGGCCUUAUAUAGCCAGCUUCAAAAUAGACCCCCCCCCCCCAUUCAAAAGAUAGGAAAAAUAAUAUCCAGAAAUCCUUAACUCCACCUGUUCAGUCAUUCCGAGUAGACCUGAACACUUCAGAAAUUAUUCCAGACCUAGUCCAACAACAAGAAUACCCGUCCCAAUGUCAAACUUUGUUCACAGAAUCUGAAAACAAAUCCGUUUCCUUCCCUCAUCAGGAAACACCCCCUCUGGAACUGUGCCUCAGCUUCUCCUCAAACUCUUCAGUUAUGGAGAGCUGACUACCCCCCUUAAAUCCGGCCCCUCUAGUAUUAGUCUCCCAAGGAGGGGGGUUCCAGGACUUGGGGAGCCCAAUUGAAAUAGUACUGGGAAGGAGAAGAUGCAGUCCAUUAUGUCAACUCAGGGAGAAGCGCAUCAGAACUCUUGCGACCCUGAAAAAAUAUAGGCAAGAUAGCUUGCAUGGCAGUCCCCUUGGGCUCAAGGUCUUGCUGCUAAAUGCCAGGUCCGUGAAUGGGAGAACCUCAGCAAUCCAGGAUUUAAUCCGAGAUGAGCAUGCGAAUCUAGCCUGCAUUACCGAAACCUGGCUGGAUGAGCUGGGUGGAGUAAAUCUUACCCAGCUGUGUCCGCCAGGUUUUGGAGUGCUUCAGCAGGCCAGGCUCGGGGGGUGGGGAGGUGGGGUAGUGGUUGUCUAUUGGGAUACCAUCCCCCUGAUCAGGUGCCCUGUCCCACAGUCUUCUGGGUUUGAAUGCAUCCUUCUAAAGGUGGGUAACUGGGACAGAUUGGGAAUUCUGCUGGUGUACCGACCACCCCGCGACACAGCAGUCUCCCUGCCAGAGCUUACUGAGAUGGUCUCCAGCAUGAUACUGGAUUCCCAGCGACUGGUAGUGCUGGGAGAUUUCAAUAUUCAUUCAGAGUCCAAUCUAUCAAGAGCAGCUCUGGACUUCAUGGUUGCCAUGACAGCCAUGGGUCUGUCCCAAGUUAUUUCUGGACCCACCCAUAAUGUUGGACACACUUUGGACCUAGUUUUUAUUGUGGAUGGGGUAAAUAUCGGUGUGGAAGAGCAAAAAAAUUCUCCCAUUGUCAUUGAUCAUCACCUGAUUAGUUUUAGACUAAUCGUGACCUUAAACCUCUGCAGGGGUGGAGGACUGAUUAAGAUGGUCCGUCCCAGGAGACUUAUGGAUCCAGAUGGAUUCCUGAUGUCUCUUGGGGAUGCAUCUGACAUGCAAGCAGAUGAUCCUGUUGAGGUCGACUUCUAUAACACUGAGGUGACCAGGGCUGUAGACACGAUCGCCCCUGAGCAUCCCCUCUCGUUAUGCAGAGUCACCCCAACUCCUUGGUACACCGAGGAGCUGGCGGAGAUGAAGCGAGCGAGGCGGAGACUAGAGUGCCUCUGGCGGACGACUCGGAAAGUGUCCGACUGAACAUAGGCUAGAGCCUCACUUAAAGCCUACUCCGCAGCUUUGAGGGCAGCCAGAAAAGCUUUUUCGACUGCUGGCAUUGCAUCUGCAAUCAAUAAACUAGCUGAGCUGUUUCGGGUGGUUGAUGAGCUCCUCCAACCUCAUGGGGAGGGGGAGGCCACCGACCUCCCGGCAGCUCGAUGCGUCGAGUUCGCCCAUCAUUUUGCAGAUAAGGUCGCUCGGAUACAUUCCGACUUAGACACCAGCUUGAGUGUAAUCCCAGAGGAGAUAACUGAGGCAUCUGCUUGUCCGAUUUUAAUGGAUUUGUUUCAGACUCUUCGCCCUAAUGAUGUUGAGGGGAUCCUUGGGGCUGUGAGAGUGAUUACUUGCUCUCUAGAUCCUUGUCCCUCAUGGCUAAUAAAACUGCCAGCAGGCGAUUGGCGUCGUGGCUGGCUAUGAUUGUGAGUGCAUCAUUGGACCAGGGACGUUUUCCAUCUAACCUUAAACAGGGAUUGGUUAGACCCUUCCUGAAAAAUACGUCCCUUGAUCCACUGGUGCUGAACAACUACCGCCCGAUUUCCAAUCUCCCAUUUUUGGGCAAGGUUCUGGAGCGGGUGGUCGCCUCACAGCUCCAGGGAUUCCUGGUUGAGAUGGAUCAUCUGGAUCCAUCACAGUCGGGUUUCAGGCUUGGUUACAGUACCGAGAUGGCUUUGGUCGCCUUGGUGGAUGACCUCUGCUGAGAACUUGACAGGGGGAGUGUGCCCCUGUUGGUUCUCUUGGACAUCUCAGCGGCUUUCAAUACCAUCGACCAUGGUAUCCUUCUGAGUUGGCUCUCUGGAAUGGGUAUUGGGGGUACUGCUCUGCAGUGACUUCAGUCCUUCCUGGAGGGUCGCUCUCAGUUGGUGAAGCUGGGAGACUCCUGCUAGCCUAGCCUUUGACCUGUGGGGUCCUGCAAGGUUCCAUUCUUUCUCCCAUGCUUUUCAACGUCUACAUGAAACCGCUGGGUGAGGUUAUCCGGAGUUUAGGAGUUGGGUGCCAUCUCUAUGCAGAUGACACCCAGCUUUACUACUCUUUCCCACCAAAUUCCAAGGAAGCCCCUUGCAUUCUGGACCAGUGUCUGUCCGCUGUGGUAGAUUGGAUACAGGUGAACAAGCUGAACCUUAAUCCAGACAAGACAGAGGUCCUCCUGGUCAGUCGUAUGGCCGAUCGGGGUAUUGGGUGGCAACCUGUGUUGGAUGGGGUCACACUCCCCCUGAAGACACAGGUCUGCAGCUUGGGGGUCCUCCUAGACUCUGCACUGACACUUGAAGCCCAGGUGUCGGUGGUGGCUGGGAGGGCCUUCACACAGUUAAAAUGUAUGUGCCAGCUACGACCAUACCUCGAGAAACCUGACUUUGCCAUGGUAGUCCAUGUCUUAGUUACCUCCAGAUUGGAUUACUGUAAUGUACUCUACGUGGGACUGCCUUUGAAGACGGCUCAGAAACUCCAACUAGUACAAUGAGCAGCGGCCAGGUUGUUAUCUGGAGCAAAUUAUAGGGAAAGGACACUCCUCUAUUGAAACAGCUCCACUGGCUGCUGAUAAAUGUCUGAUCCCAAUUCAAAGUGCUGGUUAUUACCUAUAAAGUCCUAAAUGGUUCAGGUCCUGCCUAUCUUUGUGACCGCAUCUCCUAUUAUGUACUAGCACGAACUUUACGAUCCACCGGGGAGGCCCUUCUCUCACUCCUGCCAUCAUCUUAAACGCGUUUGGUGGGGACGAGGGAAAGGGCCUUUUUGGUUGUGGCUCCCCGGCUCUGGAACUCCCUUCCGAAAGAAAUCAGACUAGUGCCCACGCUGACCUCCUUCAAGAAAGAUCUGAAAACCUGGUUUUUUCAAACCAUUUUAACUUAAGAACAUCAAAGUGAUCCCCUACCGCUUUUUAUUCCAACACUUUGCACCUUAUUGCUAUACCAUUCCACUAGAAGUUAUAAUGCAUUGCACCUUGUUAACCUUAUUCCUCGCCCUUAGUCUGAAGAUUGAAGUACCAACUAUACCGCUCCAGGGCAUUGGACAUGUUUUAAUUGUUUUAAAUUGUUGUUGUUGUAUUCUUUUUCUUGAUGUAUUUAUUGCUGUGUUUGGAUUUGUUUUUACUGUUGUAUUUUUAUAUUGUUUAGGCAUGGUCCCUUUGUAAACCGCCCUGAGUCCCCUUGGGGAGAUAGGGCGGGAUAUAAGAAUAAAGUACUAUUAUUAUUAUUAUUAUUAUUAUUAUUAUUAUUAUUAUUAUUAUUACUGGUUUCCCAGAUGGUGUCAGGAAGAACAAUUUGGCUUCCUGGACCAUGGUGUGCUCUUCCAGGAAGAUGGCCUAGUGGCACAGGAUGGGCUGCACCUCACAGAAGUAGGAAGGAAUGUUUUUGCUCAGAGACUGUCAAUCCUGAUCAGGCGAACUUUAAACUAGGUUGUGUGGGGGAGGGUGACAUUAUCCUUGGGAACAGUAGUUUAUCGAGACCUGGAGUGAACAGACAAAAGGCUAAAGAGAGGGUUGGACAAACACAAAAGUACCAAGCAGCAAGGGGACAAUAAUCUCAAAUAAACAGCUAAGGGGAAUGUCCCACGAGUUUAGAUAUCUUUACAUCAAUGUCCAGAGCAUGGGGAAUAAUCAAGAUGAGCUGGAACUCUUAGCACAGAAAAACAAUUACGAUGGAAUGGGCAUAACUGAAACCCAUGAUUGGAAUGUAGCAAUGGAGGGGUGUAGUGAACCUUACCUAUUAGGCCUAGAAUGAAGCCUUGGUAACAGUGAUUGAUGCAGCCUCCAUUUUGUUGAGGAAUGCCAGGCAGCCAUCUUGAGUGUGGUUAGAAAGGGGGAGGAGCUUAGAGAGAGAUUCUUAGGAUUGGCCAACCAGAGCAGAUGGUAGGAGCCAAGUCUUAGAGUGCAGAAAAAAAAGAGCUCCAGGCAGUUCUGGUUUGAAGAAGGCAGUUCUGUUUGAGGGUUUGAAAAGAGCAGUUUGGUUCUGGAGUUGGGAGUGUGUGUGAGAGAGAGAACUGAAAGCUAUGGAAACUGACAGGCUAAGUCAGGCAAUUUGGAUCUCUUGGGGGAGAUAACUCAAGGGAUUGUCUCUCAAUACUGGGUUGGUUAAUAGAAGGACUCUAGGUUAGAGUUAAUUAACAACCCAGGGGAACUCGUGCCUAUUCUCAGCAAAUAGAGCGAGGGUUUUUGUGACCAAUAGAUAGAUUAGUUAGUUGGAACUGUUUGAAACUAAGUGAAGUAAACCUGAAACAUACAACUAAGUUAAGCUGAAGAACGUCUGUAACCAAUUACGCUUAUGAACCUCUCUGAAGUAAUCAUUUACCUGUUUUCAAGAAAAUAAAUUUUUAUUCUAUUUUUCAACUUUUAA